ACAGCAGGUUGAAACCAGUUGAAACUAAAUAUAAACAAGUUAAACUCCGAUUAACUCGUGUUGUGAAACAAGUUUAAUUAGUAGCUGAUUCAUGUCACUUUCUACAAUUGGAGCAGCUGUGCACCAAUGCGAACAGUCCCAGUAGAAAUCUUACAGCAGCGUCGCCAUCUUUCACCGCUCAUAAAUCUUCUUCAUCGGCGACUAGGUUAGGGGAUCAAUGAGGGAUGGUAUGCGAUUUUAUACAAAUUUAGGCCAAUUUUUAUUCAUUUAUGUGUCAUGGAGGAAGUUGACAGCAUAAUUAUUCAUUCCUUACGACAAAUUGGCUGUGAUCUAGACAGUGGUAUAACAAAUCUAAGCGGUUUCACAACAGAGUUAGUUAUAGAGGCCACCGCAAAAUGUCUGAAUGUAAUUCGACCAGGUCUUGGAUUGCCCAUUAUGUUACCUACGAAUAUGGCAGCCCGUUUUCGCUUAGGAGCUACGUUAGCUCAAGCUUGCUCGGAUCUUGGAUACAGAGGUGACAUCGGUUACCAGACCUUUCUGUACAGCUCGGAAGUCGAUUUACGACGAGUGUUUAUGUUUCUAAUCGACAAAUUACCAAAAGAAGAUAAUAAAACUCUAAGCGAACCCACUAGUAAGCCCGCGUUACUCGAUAAAUCAAUUGCACUUGCGGUGUCCGACAGCCUCUCGGUACCUUGGCUGCCGCAUUAUUGUCACAAUAAAGGCAGCCGGUGUAGAGGUAAAACCAAUGUAUCCUACAAGACUGUACAUCUCCAAGUUCCGCUCGUGGAAAGAAGCGAAGAGCAACAAACUUACUAUGCGCAUUACCAGCGUCCAGUGCCUGACCAAAUACAGGACCAAUAUUGCCUCUUGCCUUCUAUACUGUCGCAUAAUUUAAGAAGCAUUUACUCAACCCCGACAAAUAUUAUAGAACGGCUCGAUUGGUUGAGCAAUCAACAGCAUGAGUUACACGUACCAGAAAGCAUCCUUGGCAACGAUAGAAAUUUGUCCAGAUUAUUGUCCAAUGAUAGGUUACAACAUGAUAAGGACACCACUCUCGAACAAGAAGAGUCGGUACUGAGUUCGACACCCUCAGAAAAAGUCACUUCAAUAAGCCGAGAGGAAAAAGAAGAAUUAGAGAUUGAGAAGGCAAAGACUGAGUCCGAAGAUAUCAGGAAAAACGUAGAAAGUCUUCAGGACGAGAUAAAGAAACUUACUGCCAAAUUAUCCCAGUUGACGGUUACUUUACAGAACGAAGACAAAGAAUUUGAGGUUAAAGAAGAGCGGAGAAAAAUCAAAGCAAGAACUUAUGAUUUACUUCCCAAUGAUACAGAGAAUAUCAAAAAGUUGCAUGCUUUGAUAGAAGCGCACGUAAAUAAGCUCGUCGACCUCAGUAAUCAAUGGGAGAGACACAGAGAUCCUUUGAUAAAGAAAUAUCGAGAGGAAAGAGAAAAAUAUUCCACAAAGACAAGUGCGAGUUUAAAGAAAACGGACAAAUUAAGGGCAUUCAGGGAAAAGGAGAAGGAACUUCUAGAAGAGUGUCGCACCAAAGAUCAACAAUAUUCCCAGCUGGUGACGGAGGUGCAAAAACUUCCGAAAGAGAUAAACAGGUCCGCUUACACUCAGCGAAUCCUUGAAAUAAUCAACAACGUAAGGAAGCAACGAGAUGAAAUCGAUAAAGUGUUGGCCGAUACAAGGGAGAUCCAGAAGGAGAUUAAUACUAUUACAGGAAGGGUGGAAAGAUCAUUCACUAUGGUGGACGAAUUGAUUUUUAGAGACGCCAGAACAAACGAAGCUUCGAGGAAAGCUUACAAACUAUUGGCGACGUUACAUUCUGAUUGUAAUGAAUUAAUAACAUUGGUAGAACAAACUGGAGCCACUGUUCGAGAAAUAAGGGAUUUGGAAGAGCAGAUCGACUCGGAGUCAACGAAAAAUGUUGGUUCUAAUUUAGAAAGGAUAACUGCUGACUUGAAACAAAUGAAACAAGAGACAGCAGCUUUAACAGUGCAACUUCAGGGAAAAAUCUCGUGACCGAAUGACAAAUAAUAAUUUAAUAUUAUCGGUAAUAGAGAAAACUCGCCUCUACCAAGUCGCAACCCUCCAGUGUAUUGAAAGCAUUUUGCAGCUCCUUAACUUCGUCCGUUACUUGAUCUUCCGGUAAUCCAGACAAAUGA